AGAACACGAGCAGAGGAUGGCUAGGCCUAGGCCGUCGGUCGUCGUCCUCGCGGUGGCCGUCGCCGUGGCGUCCCUCGCGCAGCCCGGCGCGGCCGACCUGAAGCAGGACUACUACGCGAGCACCUGCCCCAACGUGGAGGCCAUCGUGCGCGGCGUGGUGCAGCAGCGACUGCAGGCCACCAUCCGGGCCGUCGGCUCCACCGUCCGCCUCUUCUUCCACGACUGCUUCGUCGAGGGUUGCGACGGCUCGGUGCUGAUCGAAUCCACGCCCGGCAACCAGGCCGAGAAGGACGCCUCCGACAACAAGUCCCUCGCGUCCGAAGGCUUCGACACCGUGCGGAGCGCCAAGGCCGCCGUCGAGGCCGCCUGCCCGGACACGGUCUCCUGCGCCGACGUGCUCGCCAUCGCCGCUCGGGACGCCAUCUCCAUGAGUGGCGGGCCUUUCUUCCCAGUGGAGCUGGGCAGGCUGGACGGCCUGAUCUCCACCGCCAGCAGCGUGCCAGGCCAGCUUCCCGAGGCCAACCAGACCAUGGACCAACUGCUGGCAGUCUUCAAGGCACACGGGCUCAACAUGUCCGACCUCGUCGCGCUCUCAGCGGCGCACAGCGUGGGGCUGGCGCACUGCAGCAAGUUCGCGAGCCGGCUGUACAGCUACCAGCUGCCGGGGCAGCCGACGGACCCGACGCUGAACCCCAAGUACGCGCGGUUCCUGGAGAGCAGGUGCCCCGACGGCGGGCCCGACAACCUGGUGCUCAUGGACCAGGCCACGCCGGCGCAGUUCGACAACCAGUACUACCGCAACCUCCAGGACGGCGGCGGGCUGCUGGGCUCCGACCAGCUGCUCUACACCGACAACCGGACGCGCCCCAUGGUGGACUCGCUGGCCAACAGCACCGCCGCCUUCUACCGCGCCUUAGCCGACGCCGUCGUCCGGCUCGGCCGCGUCGGGGUCAAGUCCGGCAGGCGGGGCAACGUCCGCAAGCAGUGCGACGUGUUCAACUGACAGGGAAAUCGUGUUCAACCUCCGGAAGAUUCAUUUGAUUUGGGUGUUUUGCUUGUAAUGCAUCUGUUCUCUUUGAUUCGUUGCAUAGCACGCGGUUGAUUCUUAAACUUGUGUGUGGUAAUUAUUCAGCAAUUAGUUGUUCUACAAAGUGGUGAAUAAUGGUUCUGCCUGCUUUGUCAUAGAGUAAAACCCCAAAUAGCAGCCAAAAUUAGAUCAUACAUAGAUACAGUUGAUUUCACUGUAAUUUGAAUACUCACA